UCAACUGAGGGACUGAGUGAGAGAGACACACGGAGAUUAAGAAAAACAGACAGUAGAAAGAAGGACAUGUGACAGUAAAGGAGCUAACUGAACAGUGACAUUUAUACUUUGUAUGGGAGGCAGGAAACCAGACAACUACCUGUGGAGAUGGGAAGUACAACCCUCCCAGUGUACCUCAAUGUGAGUGCAGGGAUGAUCAACUCGUCAUCGGACCCAGCUAACAAUGAGGAGGGUUACAGCGAGGCAACGAUGAUCCUGCUGGGCAUGGUCAUGUCCUUACUCGUCCUGGUCAUUGUCUUUGGCAACAUCCUGGUCAUUACAGCGAUCGCCCGCUUCCAGCGUCUCCAGAAUGUCACCAACUGUUUCAUCACAUCCCUGGCCUGUGCUGACCUGGUCAUGGGUCUCGUUGUGGUUCCUUUCGGUGCCUGCUCCAUCAUCUUUAAUACCUGGCACUUUGGCAGUUUCUGGUGUGAGUUCUGGACCGCGACUGAUGUGCUCUGCGUGACUGCAAGCAUCGAGACCCUGUGUGUCAUCGCCAUUGACCGUUAUUUGGCCAUCACCUCUCCCUUCCGCUACCAGUCAAUGCUGACCAAGUGCAAGGCUCGCAUUGUGGUUGUGCUGGUGUGGGUGAUUGCCGCCUUGACGUCAUUCCUGCCCAUCCACAUGAAGUGGUGGAUAUCAGUUGAUGAUAAAGCAAAGAAAUGCAUUGCAAACAGUAACUGCUGUGAGUUCUACACCAACAUGGCUUACGCCAUCACCUCCUCAAUCAUUUCCUUUUACAUCCCUCUGGUCAUCAUGGUCUUUGUGUACAGCCGCGUUUUCCAGGAGGCCAAGCGCCAACUGAAGAAGAUUGACCAAAGCGUUGGACGUUUUCAAAACAGCGACAACAGCAACCUAAACUCUCUGGAGGCUAGCAACACGCGCGGCAACAAGAAGGCUAAGUUUUGCCUGCGGGAACACAAAGCCCUUAAGACACUGGGCAUCAUCAUGGGGAUCUUCACUCUUUGCUGGUUGCCCUUCUUUCUGCUCAACGUUGUGGUGGCCAUAUGGAAGGUGGAGGGCAUUGGGCUCACCUUCAGGAUACUCAACUGGAUAGGUUACGCAAACUCGGCCUUCAACCCGCUCAUUUACUGCCGCAGUCCUGAGUUCAGGUAUGCCUUUAAGGAAAUCCUCUGCAUGAAAAGAAACCGUCUCAGCAACCCGGGGCCCGUGAACGGAUACUUCUACAGCAGGCACAGCUGGCAGAGCGAGCAGCAAGGGAGGAGUAAGGGCAGCUUGGAAGACAGUGAGGCUAAUGAAGGCUGUCUGGGGAAAACAGCGGGGGACCAGGCAGUGGACCCCAACGGGAAUUGUAAGAAAGGCAUAACGACUGUAACGACUGUCCUUUAAACUUGGAGCCCUGAGGCUUCUGUCAACAGGGAGAUCCAGACAUGUUUACACUGCUGCCAUACAUUUUUUGACUAAUGAAGGUAAGGCCAGUCCAACUGGCUGGUAGAGACUGCUUCACAGAAACUGUAAUAUUCAUGUUCAGCGGAGGAAAUAAAUACUGUAGGUAGAUCACUUUUCCUUUUGUUACAUUUCUCAUGUUUAACUUUCCACCUACCUCAUCACAUCUUUUCAUGUCUUUCUUAACUGACUAUUUCACAAUAACUCACUGUCCACAGGAGUUACACUAGGGCACUAUCUCAGCUGUUUAUUUAGUCUACUAAAUGAUCUGUGCUUUUUAUAAUUGCUAAUUACCUGGCUCUGAUUUAAUUUGUGGUCAUGUUUCUUGUCUCGGAGUUCUUGGAAAAAGAUUCCACAAUUUAUUAAGAUGAAAAUGUUUUUGAAAUUGAAAGUAAAUUGUUUAAAGCUGUCCCAUUGGACAUGCCACUUUGGCACGAUUAGCAAGUCAUUUUCUCCAAUAGAGAAUGAAUGAGGAGCACGGAAAUAUUAAACUUAAUGCCUCUUUGGUGCUUUGUUUGAAGUACAUUCCAAACCAACCAAAAUCAUAAUUUAGCAUUUUAACCCUAUUUAUGUUUAUUUAUUGUGUUUAUUUAUUUUUUUAAAUGAUUGUCCCAGUGUGAAAGAUAAUGAUGAACAGGUGUGGCAGAACCUGUGUCUGUCUCUCUCUCUCUCUCUCUCUCUUCACUGCUCAGCUAUGUUGGGAGGCCCUGCUGCCUGCUCUAAUGUUUUACAGCCUGUUGCAUGGGUGUUCCUGUUGCCAGCAAAUGGCACCAGAGAUAUGAAGUUAUCUAUAUCUCACUGGUGCACACUGAGAAAUGCCUCGGGCCACCCUUUGAAAACAUGUAUAGGUAGUUUGUAUAGGUAGUAUGAGCCAGAUUCAAUGGUGAGCCCUAUAAAUAUAUAUACUAUCUUUAAAGCAGGUGGCAUUAAUGUAGUUUAUCCUGAGAAUUGACCUUAGAAGCUUUCUUUUGUAAAAAUAAAUGCACAGUGUUUAACAAAGUUUUCUACCAGUCAGAUCAUGCUUUUAGUCCACUUAUUAAUUUUCUUGACAUGUAAACCAGUAAUGUUACAUUAUAAAGCCUUACUUAAAUAUGUAUUGUCCCAUCUCUGUGCUGGUAGCAACAGAUACAGUUAUCCCUUUUGUUGCACAAGCCCUGUUGGUUUAUUAAAAUGUGUGGUUGCCGUGUUUCAGCUUGUAGUGUUUACUGAAACCAGAGAAGCAGUUUCCUUAGUCAUGGCACAAGGGUACAAACCACACACAAUAAUAAACAGUGCGUUGAAAUAGCCAAGCGAUAACAGCGUCCCAGGCUAAAGACUGGUUUUGACUACUCAGAGGCAGAUGAACGGAGAUGAGAAAAAAAAAAAGGCCAGAGCAGUGCACCUUUGUCUCUGCUCCCUGAGAUUUCCCAGAGUCUGUAAACGGAUGUCUGGAUCUUUGUGAAAUCUGUCUGACAUUUGCAUUUGUGAGCAGUGCCUCAGCUGUUCCAGUUGUUUCAGUCAGUUUCAGUCUACUUUAGACGCUGCUUGAUGCUCAGUCUCCAGGAAAUGCCCCCAAUCCAGCUGAGCCCAGUAUAAUAAACAUAAAUAAAUCCAUUAUCUCUACCAUUUAGCUGGAGAAUCCGAUAACUCCCUCUUAGGAAACAUUGAAAUAGAUUAGUACAUUAUAAAGCAUACCGUUCCCAAUCUGCAUGAUGAGAUUUGAUGAUAUCCAAAGGGCGAACCUGAAAUGAGACUCUUUCUUAUCUCCCGUCUUAAGAUCACGGGCUCUUGGGACUUUUUGACAUAGGCAAGCAAUAACGGAACAUUAGCGCUUCACAUGCAGGUGCUUGAAAUUGGAGAAUUCAGCCACUUUUCCCACACUAACUGAUUAGUGUUGCAGGUGUAAGCCCCUUUCUCCUGUCAGUUUGGUGUUCUCUAUGUCCUGAUCAAAGUGACAGCAUGCUAAAUGUGGCUAUAGAAGACGGGAGGGGUGAGCAGGGACUCUCUGCCAGUCUAAAUCGGUGUUAGUGACCUGUGUUUUAGUGCAUGUAGCGUUGCCUCUGGUCAGCUGACUGGAGUCAAAAACUGUGAACUUUGUUCCCUCAGAGGAAUCCAUAUGUACUGUAUCGCUAGGAUUGGUCAGCACUGUUGUCACUGACCUUAAGAAUAGACGUAGAUACGUUAUCAUCUUACGUCAGUGUUUGCCAUGUGAAAAACAAGCCUUCCCGUCUGUUGAUCUUUUUUGCUGUUUUUCUUUUUCAUGGAUUUACAGCAAAGUAAAUACAGGGGUUGAAUGUCAUAGCAAAUGUUCUCCAGGUUGCUUUUUUUCUUCUUCUCAGCUUCAGCACUUCAACAUUUUCACUGUACAGGACGCACAAAGCACAAAAUAGAUAACGAUUCUAGACCAAGACUUUUGCUAAAUGACUAUUGUAUUUACUCAAUUACCUGUCGCAUUGAGACUACACUGAUGAGUCACUGCUGGAUUUGAAAAUGGUUUUAUUUUUUAAGAAACACUUGUGCUUGUGCAUGUGAUGGUUUGCAUGUCUGCUAUACAAAAUUGUGGUGAUGUGUUUGUGAUCAGUUUAAGUCCAAGAGGAGUAGGUUGUGAACUGUACAUCCACACUGCUCCCUCCUGGCAGUGGCCUCUCCUUGCACCUCAGCUGUCUCAGCGAUAUUAAUGGGUACUGUUUCAUCAAUACGCCUGUAUAAUAGAGAAUUUAAUUCAUGUCUUCAAGUCCUUAUGCUUGAGGACACAACAAUGUUAUGUGCAAUGAGUCUUGAAUCAUUAAUUGACGCUAGAACAUUCCAAGUACAGUUGAUGGUUUGUCUACUGAUGCAUUCAAUGAACAUUCAGUUCCAAUAAUGAAGUUUGGCCCUAGAUCACCCAUCGUAUCCACUGGUACCAACUCUGCAUGCAUGAAAAGCUAUUUUAAAAGUGGAUACUGGGUUAAAGACAAGUCUUAGAGAAUAUAUCACAAAGUGGCAUGUAUAUCUUUAAUCUUUUCUAUAUUUUAAUAUGAUCAACGCUGAGGUGGUCUAAUGCUAAUGCUAUCCUCACUGAUCCACUGUUGUCCCUAUUUGAUAAAAGUCAUGUUGCCCCCCCAUAAACCGCUCUGCACAAUUUAGAUUAGGAUUGUUCACUAAUUUAAAGCAGCACUCAAUGGCACUUUUAAGAAACAUUUGCAGAAUUUUUUUGAACAAUUGAAUCCACGUUUCAGUUCAUGAACUGUAAACAAUUACUGGCUGGAGAGUUCACUUGUACCAUAAUAUUUUUGUGGAAAUCCUCCUUCCUGUUUGCGACUAAAAAAGAGUGAGUCAUGAGAAUCUGCAGAGUUUCAGCACAGAUGUUGUUGAAGGUGGACUGUCCUGAUAAAUUGAUGAUUUUGACUUCUCAAUGAAAAUGGAGUAUUGCUUUAGCCGUCAUAUGAAAAACAAACCUAUUACAUGUGAACUGUUUUUUCGAGUGAAAGAAGUCGUCACUCAGCUGAAUGUUUACUAAAUGUUUGGAAACUGUUUUCGCACAAGUUUUUUGUCACUGUUUGAUAAGGUAAUGAAGCCUGUUACAACAUGUGGUGUCCUGUGGUAUUUAUGUGUACGUGCUGUAACAUUUGUAUUGAAAUAAAUGAUGUACAUGUUC